UGAGUGUCGACCGCAAGCGGAGAGGAACGCUGUUGUGCCCAACGCUAGUGACGCAUAACGAAUAGGUUAGGAAACAAGUUUGAGAUGUUUUUAAAGUUUAAAAACUGAAAAGUCCAUUGUUGUGCGUGAUUUUGUUAAUCGUUAAACGUACGGUGAGAAUUUUCGAAACGGAAAACGGUCGGUUUCCGGUGCUACAGCUGCCCAUUUGAUAGUUUCGAACAAUGUGAUUGUUUUUUCGGAAACACAAUGAACGCACAAUUUCGGCGGUUUUUCAAAUCACGCUAAAGUUCUUCGCGGUAACGCGAGCGUUAUAUUGGAUAAGAAUUUAACGUGUUUUUUGCGAUGGAAACCAUCGCCAUCAACAAUCUUGGCCAUAAUUUACCUGAGGAACGGGGAUGGGACUACAAGCAAAUCUGCGUCACUCGCGUUCCCGGUUAUGGGUUUGGCAUCGCCGUGUCAGGCGGCAGAGACAACCCCCAUUUCGCAUCCGGAGAUCCCAGCAUAGCGGUGAGCGACGUGUUGGCAUCGGGUCCUGCGGAAAGGCUGCUGCAGGUAAACGAUCGGAUUAUUUCGGUUAACGGGAUAUCCCUUCAAAACGUGGACUAUGCGACCGCGGUUCAAGUACUACGAGAUUCUGGUGACACGGUGACUCUAGUGAUCAAGAGGCGCGCUUUGCAGCAUAUCCAUGGACACAGCGCCUCAUACAGUGGACCGUCCACCCUCGCCGCUUUGGGCAUCGCAACCCCGCCGCCAGCCAAAGUCACGCUAGUUAAGGGCUCCAAAAAAGAAGAUUUUGGCAUCGUGUUGGGCUGCAAACUCUUUAUCAAGGAGAUCUCAUCAAAAACGAGGGAACAGUUAAUCAAUUCCAAUCAGCUACUGGAAGUUGGAGAUUUUAUAACUAAACUAAACAACACGAGCUGCAACGACGUGAUGUCCCUCAAAGAGGCGAAAAAAAUUAUCGACGGGUGCAAAGACAAGUUGCACAUUACCGUAGCCAGAGAUUACGCUGGUGCAUCGAACGCUUCGCAUCAAGCACAAAGCUCCAUCAGUACAACCGGAGCGGUAAACAACUUCUACAAAGGAGACGAUUUCCUAACAUCAUCGAACCAAAGCUAUUCUAAUCAGAAUUUAUACGUCCAACCGCCCACCAGGAACACAAAUCUCAAUCAGAACGGUUCUUUCGACGAGAAAGCGGACCCGUUAUCCAAUAACGGUCCAAAUUCGCUACCAGAGGACAAAAGCAACUUGGCACCGCGCGGUGGUAGAUCCAGAGGUCCGCUUUCUGAAGCCAAUUUAAGUCAGAUCGAGCAAAGGAAUAGUUCGGCAGCGUAUGGGAGAACGAAAGGAGACAGGGAGGAACCGCCCAGACCUCCACCUCCCCGAGCUGAAGACUACUAUAGCUCCAGAAGGCAGAUGUAUGAAGAAGAUCCGAUUAUUCAGAAGACAAAACAGCCCAUUCCUGAUGCGAGAUUUAUUACGUUUCAUAAGGAGGGUUCAGUAGGAAUUAGAUUAACCGGAGGUAACUUUUCCGGAAUAUUUGUAACGGCCGUCCAACCCGGAAGUCCGGCAUCUCUACAGGGUUUGCAGCCUGGCGAUAAAAUAUUGAAGGUAAACGAUAUGGAUAUGGCUGGGGUGACGCGGGAGGAGGCAGUGCUAUUUCUUCUAAGCCUGCAGGAUAGAAUAGAAUUAAUUGUUCAAUAUUGCAAAGAAGAAUACGAUAACAUAGUUGCCUCCCAGAAGGGUGAUAGUUUUUACAUUAAAACCCACUUUCAUUAUGAAAACCCGGCCAAAGGGGAGAUGUCUUUCCGAUCUGGUGACGUUUUCCACGUUAUCGAUACAUUGUAUAACGGAGUCGUGGGGUGCUGGCAAGUUUUUAGGAUAGGCCGCAACAAUCAAGAAGUGCAAAAAGGUAUUAUUCCAAACAAGUCUAGGGCCGAGGAACUGGCCACGGCGCAAUUUAACGCAACGAAGAAGGAAAUGUCGGCUAACGAAUCGAGAGGAAGUUUCUUCAAGCGCAGAAGAAGCUCGAACCGCAGAUCCAAAAGUCUCGGCAAAGAACAUUGGGAUGAUAUUCUGUUUUCCGACACGAUUUCCAAAUUUCCCGCUUACGAAAAAGUGUUAUUAAAGCAUCCGGGUUUUACCAGGCCCGUGAUACUAUUCGGGGCGAUAUCGGACAUCGCGAGGGAUAAACUGCUUAAAGAUUUUCCGGACAAGUUUAUUUCUCCGCAACUUGAUGUCAGCGCGGAAGAAAGUGUAAAAUCUCCGAAAUCAACGUCUAAUAUAAUACGGUUAUCCGCGAUACGAGAUGUCAUAGCGACCGGAAAACAUGCUUUGUUGGAUAUAACUCCGAAUGCUGUUGAAAGGCUCAAUUACGCCCAAAUGUAUCCGAUAGUUGUUUUCUUCAAAGCGGAAACCAAAAUGGUCGUCAAGCAAUUGAGAGUCGGCUUGCCCAAGUCCGCCCACAAGAGUUCAAAGAAACUUCUAGAACAGUGUCAGAAAUUGGAUAAAGUUUGGAGUCACAUUUUCAACGCGACCAUAACCCUGACGGACAAUACCGACAGUUGGUACAGGAAAGUUAGGGAAAUCAUAGACAAGCAACAAAGUGGUGCCCUCUGGAUGUCGGAGAGCAAGAGUUCCGAUUUUUACUCCCAACUGAGUUACCCGUCCAUUUUUUUGACUCCCAAAAGUACCAACUCGCUCCCUGGCCACUACCGACCCUCCCGUAGCCGUACGAAGCGAGCUCCCCUGUCAAUGUACAGUUCGCCUCAAUUUAUACAUCGCACGUCUCCAUUGUAUAUGUCCCGCGAUCGCUCGCCCAGUGUUUGUCGUGAAUGUACGUCGGUUUAUGCGCCUCAAAACUCUUGGGCAGUUACGUCGAUAUAUGCCGAUGAAUCUUCUCCGGCUAUGUCCAGAGAAUGUUCUGUGUAUGUGCCGGAACGCUCGUGCUCUCCCGAGGCUCGUGAUCGUGAUACUUUGACGUACGAAACUUGUCAGAAUUAUCCGGAAGAGUCAUUGUCAGACGAUUUCCUAUUCCCAAUGUCAUCGCUUCGCCUUUCUUACGCCAGUUCUCCUGAAAGCGACCUCGAACAUAGUCCUGGCCCGCCCGCGUCCCCAACCGGCACCGUGGGAGGCGUGGCCGGCCGCCUCACCAAAGCUAGUUCGGAUCCCAGCGUUGUUUUACCUCCUGAAAGUGGGGCUAGCGACGUACUACCACCUUACCAGCCAAAUUACGACCCUCGUUACGGCUUUGGCAACCAAAAUCAGCAACAACCAAUAUUGGAUGGUCAAACGCCUCUGGUCGAGUCAACGCUUACAAAAGAUCCGUCAUACACACUUUCAAAUACUGACAUUCCAUCUUCUCUUGGCCCUCCCCCUGAGUACAACAAAGAGGGGCUCUAUUCAGCGAGCAUAUAUCAAAAGUCCAGCGAUUUUGGAAAGCCCAAUAAUAACUUCGGCAAUCAGGAACGAAGAGACGAUUAUGGAAGUCCUGAUCGACGGGAAUAUAACGAUAGGGCCAUGCAACACAAGAGACAGGCAAGUACUCUGCUAGGGCCUUACAAUCAAUCAAAACUUCAUGAGCAAAGCCCUUCCAAAGAAGGCAUAUAUGGAGGGGCUCCAGAUUUACCACCUAGGGUUGAUCGAGCUGCUAAACCCAUGGGGUUAGUAACAACCCCUGGCAAAAUACCCAAUGGAAGGUCAGCCCAUGAGAGGUUAUUUGGAACCAAACCAAGUCAGGUUGACAGUGCUGAAGUGGCUAAUGGUAACGAAAACGGCGGUUUUGGAAUUAAUAACAAGGCAGGAUCUUUGGAUAGAAGUCAAAAUUCCAAGUCUGAUUCACUAUCGAGCUAUGACUCCUACAACAAGCAAUCUUCGACAAGGAUUGGUCCGAAUGCUCACGACGAUCUCAAAACUACCCUCUCAAAAAUCGAGACAACCACGAGCAGAAACACUCAUCAGGGUAGUCCCUCAAGGAAUCCUAGGUGGAAUGAUCAACAAAACCAUCAUAGACAUGGUGGUUCAAAAUUGGAUCUCAAAUAUGGGAUGCCCCUAGGCGAUCCCAAUAUGGAUGGUAGCCCGAGGAAUUCUAGAGAUUUGCUGGACAAAGAUGCUACAAUACCAAGCGAACCAGUUAGCCCCAGGGGAUCUGUGGAGAGGGAUAUGUAUAGAUAUUCACGAUCUCCUGCAAAACAAAACAUUCCCAGCAAAUCACACAUGGAAACCAAAACCGACUAUGGGAAAUACAGUAGAAAUAACAACAACACCAAUGGCAACAAUAUGGGUUUACCCCCGCCCCAUCAACCGCCACCUGAAUAUACCAGGUCUUCCCACCAAGAUUUGAGGGAAUCCCAAUUAAGUAUACAUCAACAUUCUCCUUUAAGAAACCAACCUAUGAAUCAUAACGGGUAUGACAUUGGUUCUCCUGGCAAUCCGCCAUCGAUGAAUGGAAACCAAUAUAAACCAAUCCCCCCACCAAAACCCAAAAACUACAAACCACCUUAUAAACAGGGUUAUGGUGGACCAGCAGACGGUAUGAUUCAACCUCCACCAAUAUAUCAACACGGAAAAAGUCAUAGCAAUCCCGUGGAUCCUAGACAUCAAAACCCCAAUAAUCCUCACAAUUAUUAUUACAACUCCCCUCCCCCGUCAAUGCUUCAGGGUGGUAACCAUCACGCCGCCCCCUACUACCCUGACGGCGGACGGGGUGUAGUUGGUCACUAUGAAAUGGCGCCAUCUUACCACCACGAGUCGCCAAGGCGGCAUCCCAGCAUUUCCUAUGCCUCCCGUAGCGAGAUAGCCCCCAUAGCUCAUCACGACUACAAUACCAAUGAGCACCAUGCGAUGGGCGGAGACCCUUUAAUGGAGAAUCAUAGGCCGCCCGCAGUGGUCGACCUUCAGGGCUCUAGGGAGCAGCGGGGUUCUGCUUUUGAGUUAUACAGAAAACCUGUGGGCCAUAACUUAAGGAGCUUUAUGGACAGUCAGCCGGCUUUUUACGGAUCGCAGCCUAAUAUAGCUCAAAAACUAAACCAAUCGGCUACUAACUCACCAAAACCCAAACCCAAACUAACCAAAGCGCAAUCAUUCAAACACACCAAGAGCGAAAACGGAGGCUUCAGUACUCCCAAGCUCUUCAGGAAACUAUCGUUCGGAAGAAAAAGCAGGGAGGGGACUCCAAAAAUGUCCAAAAAGCUUUCGUUACAACCCGAGACUAUUAAAGAAUACCAAGUGAUGAAGGAUUUCAAUAGAAAUGCCCAAGAUUUUACCAGGCCAAGCAAAAGAGAUAUCACAUCGGCUUACAUGGACCAUAGAGGUGGUACUCUGGUAAACGAGUACUGGGGGGUUUCUCUAGAGGUCCCAGAGGGAGCUAUUCCGCCAGGAGAGGAGAAACACAUUUAUUUUGUUAUAUCCGACCCUAGGUUGUGCGAAAGCGCCCCGCCAUUGGAUUUAGAUAACGGUGAAACUAUGCUGUCACCUCUAGUGAUGUGCGGACCACAAGGUACUGAAUUUUUAAAGCCUGUGAUUCUGAAUAUUCCGCAUUAUGCAAACACGUUGCCUAGCUUAGGAAUAACUUUAAAAGCAACCGAUUCGGAAAAAGACAUCCAUACGGACUGGGAUAAUAUACUGUUACCUAGCAAUCACGCUGCAAAUAGUGUUGCUGUCAAAGUCGACCAUUUCUAGGAGGUAAUUCUGUUUCAUUCCUUGUUGUCCGGCGAUAAAAUAAAACCAAGAGUUUUAUAAAUUAAUGCGUUUUAUUCUG